UAUUUCAUUAUAGGAUGAAAAGAAUCAGAUUCUGACCACAAAUGCGUGGUUAAAUUUGGAGUGGACUGAUUACAAUUUAAGAUGGAACGAUUCAGAGUAUGGGGGUGUAAAGGAUCUAAGAAUAACGCCAAACAAAUUAUGGAAACCGGAUGUGCUAAUGUACAACAGUGCUGAUGAGGGAUUCGAUGGCACGUAUCACACCAACAUUGUGGUCAAACAUAACGGCAAUUGUCUGUACGUGCCCCCUGGUAUCUUCAAGAGCACAUGCAAGAUAGACAUCACGUGGUUCCCAUUCGAUGACCAACACUGCGAAAUGAAAUUCGGUAGUUGGACUUAUGAUGGAAAUCAGUUGGAUUUGGUUUUGAAUUCCGAAGAUGGAGGGGAUCUAUCCGAUUUUAUAACAAACGGCGAAUGGUAUUUAAUCGCUAUGCCUGGAAAAAAGAAUACCAUCGUCUAUGCCUGCUGUCCGGAACCGUAUGUGGAUGUGACAUUCACUAUCCAAAUACGCCGGCGUACAUUAUAUUAUUUUUUUAAUUUAAUUGUGCCGUGUGUGCUGAUAUCAUCGAUGGCUUUACUAGGAUUUACAUUACCACCCGAUUCGGGUGAAAAACUUACCUUAGGAGUUACAAUUCUUCUAUCGCUCACAGUGUUUCUCAACCUUGUAGCUGAGACAUUGCCCCAAGUAUCUGAUGCAAUCCCCCUGUUAGGUACCUAUUUCAAUUGCAUUAUGUUCAUGGUUGCCUCAUCGGUGGUGCUGACGGUUGUGGUACUGAAUUAUCAUCAUCGCACGGCGGACAUACAUGAAAUGCCACCAUGGAUACGUUCCGUUUUUCUGCAAUGGCUGCCCUGGAUUUUACGCAUGAGUCGGCCUGGUCGUAAAAUCACAAGAAAACAUAUACUACUAACGAAUCGCAUGAAGGAACUGGAGCUGAAAGAGCGUUCCUCAAAAUCCCUGCUGGCCAAUGUGCUGGACAUCGAUGAUGAUUUCCGGCAUACAGUAUCGGGGUCACAGACAGCCAUAGGCUCAUCAGCGAGUUUUGGCCGUCCCACGACGGUUGAAGAGCAUCAUAACGCCAUUGGCUGUAAUCACAAAGAUUUACAUUUAAUUCUUAAAGAAUUGCAAUUUAUAACGGCGCGCAUGCGCAAAGCCGAUGAUGAGGCCGAAUUAAUAAGUGAUUGGAAAUUUGCGGCCAUGGUUGUGGAUCGAUUUUGUUUAAUUGUCUUCACCCUAUUCACAAUAAUUGCCACAGUGACAGUUCUACUGUCAGCACCCCAUAUAAUAGUUCAAUAAAAUUAGGAUAAAAAUGCCACCAUAGAGCAUCAAACUGCAAAUUAAUAAUUAAGUUUAACACCUAAUCAUAGAAACUCUUUUUAUGCAAAAAAAA